AUCAGUUGCGAUAUUAAAUCAGAAUCGGAAAACACAGUUAGAACGUGUGUGUGUGUUCGUCUCUCUGUUCAGAUCUGUGUCUCCUUGUACCUCCAGAAAAGAGAUCAAAACCCUAAAUCCAAUUGAGAUUUGAGCUCUUGAUUCAGUAUCGAGUUAUGACAAUGGAGUCCGAACCUCCGGCAGAUGAUACAGCAACAGUGGCGGGUCUCCUCCCACUGGUUUCCAUCUCUCAACAGCCUUACGUCUCGGAACUCCUUUCCUUCACUCUUGAUCGCCUUCACAAGGAACCAGAGCUUUUGCGGGUCGAUGCGGAGAGAAUUCGGAGGCAGAUGCAAGAGGUGGCGGUGGGAAACUACCGGGCAUUCAUUUCGGCAUCCGAUGCGUUACUUGCGGUCGGGGAUGAAGUUUCUUCUAUCGAUAAACACCUUGAAUCUCUGAUAGCUGAAAUCCCGAAGGUAACAUCUGGCUGCACCGAGUUUGUUGGCUCUGCAGAACAGAUUUUGGAGAAGAGAAAGAUGAACCAAACCUUGCUAGCCAAUCAUAGUACUUUGCUUGACUUGCUUGAAAUUCCUCAACUCAUGGACACAUGUGUGAGGAAUGGAAAUUACGAUGAAGCUCUUGACUUAGAAGCAUUUGUUUCCAAACUUUUAACAAUGCACCCAAAAUUACCUGUUAUUCAAGCACUCGCAGCAGAAACUCGGCAGACCACCCAGUCUCUUCUUUCUCAGCUUCUCCAGAAACUCAGAUCAAACAUUCAGUUGCCAGAAUGCCUCCGCAUUAUUGGAUAUCUACGUCGAAUAGGCGUAUUCAGCGAAUAUGAAAUGCGUCUUCAGUUUCUAAGAUGCCGAGAGGCAUGGCUUACUGGGAUUCUUGAUGAUUUAGACCAGAGAAAUGCAUAUGAAUACUUAAAAGGAAUGGUAAACUGUCAGAGGGCACAUCUUUUUGAUGUUGUUAACCAAUACCGAGCCAUAUUCGCUGAUGAUACAUCAGGAAGUGAAGAAAACUAUGAUGGUGGGCUUCUGUUCAGCUGGGCCAUGCAUCAAAUUGCCUCUCACCUUAAAACUCUCAAAGUCAUGCUCCCCAAGAUAUCUGAAGGCGGGUCUUUGUCGAAUAUCCUGGAUCAGUGCAUGUAUUGUGCUAUGGGGCUUGGUUGGGUUGGAUUGGACUUCAGGGGCUUGCUUCCCCCACUUUUUGAAGAAGCGGUCCUUAAUUUAUUCUCAAAGAAUAUGAGCACAGCUGUUGGGAAUUUCCAGUUAGUCUUGGAUUCUCAUCGCUGGGUCCCGUUACCAGCAGUUGGCUUUCCGGCCCAUAGUUUAGGUGAAGAAACUAAGGAAGAUGUUACUCCUCCGUCACAUUUAAUGGAGCAUCCACCUCUUGCUGUAUUUGUUAAUGGUGUAUCUGCAGCAAUGAAUGAAUUACGUCCCUGUGCCCCAUUUAGUUUGAAGCAUAUGCUUGCUCAAGAAUUAGUUAAGGGAUUGCACGCUGUUUCGGAUUCUUUAUUGAGAUACAACACUACUCGGAUGCUUAGAGCGAAUGAGUCUGUACUUUUUGUUUCGCUUUGCCGAGCUUUCAUUGAGGUGGCUUUCCCACAUUGUGCUACAUGCUUUGGUCGUUGUUACCCUGGUGGAGCUGCUCUUAUAAUGGAUGCCAAAAAUUUAUUUGAUGGAAUUGGCCGCCUUCUAGCAACCUCCCGUUCUAGGGAACUGCCAAAACCAGUCCAAAAUGCAGCCGAAAAGAGCAUAACAGAGAAUGGCGAUUCACCUGUGGUGGAAGAUGGAGUAAUGCCUAGUGUUGAACAAACAGAUAGUUCCAAUGUGCAGGAAAAGGAGGGCACUAUCACUUUUCAGGCUGAGGAAAAGCCCCGUGAUGUGUGAAGAUGCAUGAGAUCGCGAGUCUUAUACAAAAGGCGGGUUUUGUAUCGUUGCAGGAUGAUGUACCCUUAAUUCCUUGUCUUACUUCAAUCGGAAUUUUGUAGUGAGAAUGCUUAAGAAAAGCUCAUAUGUGUCCUAAGAUGGGAUGAAAUGGUUAUACACCAAAGUCCAAACGAUGUCAAUGAACAAAUUCUUUUUGUAACUAAGCGACAGCAAGGCAAUAAACUUUCUUUCAGGUGACAAAUUGCUUGUCACAGUUACUUGUCAUAGUGAAGUGCAGAUAAAUUUGGUAUAUUCAAUGUAGG